ACAGAGCUGAGCUGACAUCAGGAGGGGGCGGAGCAAUGGCACAGCAUAUAAAAAACCCUUCCCACACAGUCAUAAACGUYUUAUAAUCGGACAGAUCUCAGAUAAAGCAGAGAGGAUCUGCAUCCAUCCAUCCGUCCUGAUGGCUCCUGUUGAGGUGGAGAAUCCAGAUGUAGCCAAACCUACUGCCAAGACCAAAGUAGUUACAGGACUAGAGAGCAUUGCUCCUCUUAUCAGCACAGUAGAGGAAACCCCUGAACCAAUCACCACCACAGUUGAAGGCUCUAUCCCAUCCUGGAUCAAUGGUAAUUUCCUCCGGAAUGGACCAGGGAAGUUUGAGUUUGGAAAUACGCACUACAACCACUGGUUUGACGGGAUGGCCAUGCUUCACCAGUUUAAGAUAAAGAACGGCCAGGUGACGUAUAAGAGUCACUUCCUACAGAGCGAUGCCUACAAGAAGAACAGCGAGCGAGAUCGCAUCGUGAUGUCAGAGUUCGGUACACUGGCAGUGCCUGAUCCAUGUAAAAACUUCUUCCAGAGAUUUCUCUCUCGCUUUGAGAUGAUGGAACCUACAGAUAAUGCAAGUGUGAGCUUUGUGAAAUACAAGGGUGACUACUAUGUCAGCACCGAGACAAAUUUCAUGCACAAAGUGAACCCGGAAAACCUGGAAAUGUUGGAAAAGGUUGAUUGGAGCAAGUUCAUUGCUGUGAAUGGUGCUACUGCUCAUCCCCACUAUGACCCAGACGGCACCGCCUACAAUAUGGGCAACUCCUAUGGAAGCAGAGGAACACUGUACAACAUCAUCAAAGUCCCCCCUGAGAAAACAGAAAGCAAAGACACCCUGCAGGGAGCCAAAGUCCUUUGUUCAAUUGUUCCAGCAAACAAGUCCCAUCCCUCCUACUACCACAGCUUUGCCAUGUCUGAGAACUAUGUGGUUUUCAUCGAGCAGCCAAUUAAGAUGGACCUCCUGAAGAUAGUCACCUGCAAGAUCAGAGGAAAGGCUUUGAAUCAGGGAAUAUACUGGGAUCCAAAGCUGGAAACUGUUUUCCAUCUCGUUGACAAGCGUUCAGGAGAGGUCAUUCCCAUGAAGUAUCACACCAAAGCCAUCUCCACCUUCCAUCAGAUCAAUGCCUUCGAGGAGGACGGCUUCCUGAUGUUGGAUAUCUGCUGCUCAGAUGGCGGCCAGGCCAUCAGCAACUACCUCAUCCAGAACUUGCGCAAAUCAGGAGAGGCACUAGAUGAACUGUAUAACACCAGUGACAAGACUUUCCCACGGCGAUUUGUUCUUCCCCUAAAUGUGACCAGUUACACCCCAACAAACCAGAACUUGAACACUCGGCCUUCCAGCAAAGCAACAUGCGUCAAAAUCAGUGCCUACAAGGUUUUCUGCCAACACGAGGAUCUCCAUGGAGAUGACCUGCACGAGUAUGGUGGCCUGGAGUUUCCACAAAUCAACUACAGCAAAUUUAACACCAGACCGUAUCGUUACUUCUACGGCUGUGGCUUCGGACACAUGGUGGGAGAUUCCCUGCUCAAGAUGGACUUGAAGGACAAGACACUUAAGGUGUGCUCGUGUUGCUAAAUGUUCAUUUUGGAAGAUGCACCGUACGUACCAUCAACAACUGUAUGCUCCGACCAGGGUUCUGCAAUAUGUUGUUCCAUAAGCCUGCAGAACAAGCUAACAAUAGACAUGAUGAGUGUUACUUAAGGCAU